CCUAAUUAUGUACCCACUUACUAACAAAUACCUUGAUGAUUGAUGUCAUCGCUCUUCUUAAGUUUACUAUCAUCAUUGUUGGUGUAUCGACGUUAAAACAAUUUUCAAGAUCGAUAUAAUACCCACCACCUACCUGGGCACAUAGUGUCAGCCGAGUUCAGAACCCUCAUUAGUAAACUGGGCUCCUCUAUUUCUGUGUUAAGACUGCCCUAACCCUAAUCUCUCAACCAUGGGAUCUAUCGUUCUACCACACCUCAACACCGGCUGGCAUGUCGACCAAGCCAUCCUGUCGGAAACGGAGCGUGUUGUUGCCAUUCGAUUUGGUCGCGAUCAUGACCCCGAGUGCAUGCGACAAGAUGAAGUCCUCUACCGCAUCGCCGACAAAGUAAAAAACUUCUGCGUUAUCUACGUCUGCGACAUUGACCAGGUUCCCGACUUCAACCAGAUGUACGAGUUGUAUGACCCUUGCACUAUCAUGUUUUUCUACCGAAACAAGCACAUGCUAUGCGAUUUAGGCACGGGAAAUAAUAACAAGCUCAACUUCGUGCUCGAGGACAAGCAAGAGUUAAUCGAUAUCAUCGAGACUGUAUACAAGGGUGCCAAGAAGGGUCGCGGUCUCGUCGUUAGUCCGAAGGACUAUUCUACCCGUUAUCGAUAUUAGCGACACAGCAUACGACGACCCUACACUCUUUCGUGGUACACAGUCUUUCAUACCACUUCUUCCGGGAAUAAACACUCCUGGUCCCUAGUUAGGGUAUUUAAGAACUGCUGGGGAACGUCUAUGAUAAGUGUUGCAAUGACGGGGAAACUCGAAGCCAUGGUAGAGAAUAAACCUGAGCCGGAUAGUAAGGCUGGUUACUCCACUUCUAAAUGCCAACACAAGUCGGCACAAAAUAUCCUAACAUGAGCAAAGCGAGUUCGGCAGCUCUCUAUCAACGGCAAACAUAGUUACCUACUUUUAACAGUGAACUGCAGAAAUACGAAAAUCGAGGGAAGAGGUUGGGCGGGAUAAUUAGAACAUCAAUUGUUUUGUUUAUAAUACAGACAGCCAGGUAUUACUUAGUAGAUACUGUAGGUAUAGCACCCCUACUGCUUAUCUAGGUAGGUAUGAUACGAUUAAAAACACGCCCAUCUUUGUAGGUGAUCAGCCGCUUGUUGUUACAUGUGCAUAGUAUCUAUUCUGUAUUAGGCGCCUAGGUCCUAGGCAUGGAGGUGUCAAUAGUGGUUGAG